GAACGAAGAUAAGCAUCCCAACACAUCCCACCGUUUGGACUUUUUCUCAUUCAGGUGUGCGCGGCGAAUCACGCACAAGACACCGGGACAGAAGCCGUGGAUUUUCUUUCUGAAUGAGGACUGAGAGGGGAAUGAUCCGAUCGCAUUUGAACUUUACUCUUUUUCGCUGAUGGGAUAGUUUAUGUUGAUAUUUGAGCAGAACAGGUGCGAUUCAUAAGGGCUUCUCCGGUAAUGCGGAAUGACCGUUAACGCGCGCGUGGAUCACCUGAUUCAUCACCGACCACCGCAUUCCGCGCGUCCCCGACCGCACGCUGAUCUGCGGGGGAAAGUUCAUAAAGAUUGUCUGAUUGAUUGCUGUUAAAUCAACAUUUCCCCCCAAAACCAGCUGUGCUUUGAAUUGGAUUUUUUUUCCACGACUAAAAUACUAAAGUAUUCACUGACCUAGUCCUCAAAGCAGUGAUCAAUACGGAUAUCCUAAUAUUAUACUUAAGUCAGAUAAUUUUUCUGACUGGUCGAACGGAUUUGUCACUAUGUGCGCGAAUUGGUAACCUCCGUAUGAGCGAGCUCACAGAGAACCGAGGGUCGUGUUUGGCUGCUCUUUAUCUACAAAUGUAAGGCUCUGUGAAACCUUGGCUCUGACAACACCAUAUGGAGACAACUGUUUGAAUUAAAGCAGCGGGAACACGCGUUAACUGCUGUCAUGGAUUUAAGGGAUUUUUUCUUGUUGGCAACAUUAGUUGCUUGUUUCUGGUUAGAUCCCACCAUAGCCCAAGAGCUCAUUUACCCUAUUCGAGAAGAGCUACAGGAGAAUGUUCUUAUUGGAAACAUUCCAAAGGACUUGAACAUCUCCCAUAUGAGCUCUGCCACCGGGGUUACCAGUAAUCUGGUUUACCGACUUGUGUCGAAAGCAGGUGACACCCCGCUACUUAGAGUGAUGAGCAAUACAGGAGAAAUCUUUACCACCUCCAACCGUAUCGACAGGGAGAAACUCUGUCCCGGCCCCUCUUUUGAAGACAGCGAGUGCUCUUUUGAAAUUGAGGUGGUCAUUUUGCCCAAUGACUACUUCAGAUUAAUCAAAAUUAAAAUCAUUGUCAAAGACACCAAUGACAAUUCCCCCAUGUUUCCCUCGCCUGUGAUCAACAUUUCAAUUCCGGAAAACACACUCAUCAACAGCCGCUUUGCCAUUCCCUCUGCCACCGAUCCAGAUACCGGACCCAAUAGCGUACACAAAUAUGAGCUGUUGAACGGCCAGAGCGCCUUCGGUUUGGAUAUUGUGGAGACACCAGAGGGUGAGAAAUGGCCUCAGCUUAUCGUUCAGCAGAAUUUAGAUAGAGAACAGAAAGAUACUUAUGUGAUGAAAGUCAAAGUGGAGGAUGGGGGGAACCCACAAAAAUCCAGCACUGCCAUUUUACAGGUGACCGUCACUGAUGUUAAUGAUAACCGGCCUGUCUUCAAAGAAAGCCAAAUCGAAGUCCACAUCCCGGAAAAUUCUCCCGUCGGCACAUCUGUAGUUCAGUUGCAAGCCACUGAUGCAGACGUGGGAGCCAAUGCAGAAAUAAAAUACAUGUUUGGGACCCAGGUGUCUCCAGCAACACGGAGACUUUUUGCUUUGAACUCCACCACUGGGCUCAUAACAGUUCAAAGGCCGCUUGAUAGAGAGGAGACCGCCAUUCAUAAGCUCACAGUACUAGCCAGCGAUGGAAGCUCGAGUCCAGCAAGAGCCACCGUCACUAUCAAUGUGACAGAUGUGAAUGACAACGCUCCAAACAUCGACUUGAGAUACAUCAUCAGUCCAACUAAUGGUACUGUAAUGCUUUCUGAAAAAGAUCCAAUAAAUACCAAGAUCGCUCUCAUUACUGUAUCUGACAAAGACACAGAUGUCAAUGGCAAGGUGAUUUGCUUCAUUGAAAAAGAUGUUCCAUUUCACCUCAAAGCAGUUUAUGAUAACCAGUAUUUGUUAGAAACAUCUGCACUGCUUGAUUAUGAAGGAACCAAGGAGUACAUCUUCAAGAUUGUUGCUUCUGACUCUGGAAAACCUAGUCUGAACCAGACCGCCCUGGUCAGAGUACGGCUGGAGGAUGAGAAUGACAAUCCACCCAUUUUCACCCAGCCUGUCAUUGAGCUGGCUGUCAUGGAGAACAACCAACGUGACAUGUUCCUGACAACCAUCAGCGCCACAGAUGAGGACAGUGGACGGAAUGCAGAGAUUGUCUACCAGCUUGGACCCAACGCAUCAUUCUUUGAUCUUGACCGCAAAACAGGAGUGCUAACCGCAUCCAGGGUGUUUGAUAGGGAGGAACAAGAGCGAUUCCUCUUUACGGUCACCGCUAGGGACAAUGGCACCAGAGCUCUGCAGAGUCAAGCUGCAGUCAUAGUGACCAUACUGGACGAGAACGACAAUACCCCUAAAUUUACACACAACCACUUUCAGUUCUUUGUGUCAGAGAACCUGCCUAAAUAUAGUACAGUUGGAGUAAUCACAGUCACAGAUGCAGAUGCUGGUGAGAACGCUGUGGUGAGACUCUCGAUCCUUAACGAUAAUGAGAACUUCAUCCUUGACCCAGAUUCUGGAGUCAUAAAGUCUAACGUUUCCUUUGACCGAGAGCAGCAAAGCUCCUACACCUUUGACGUCAGAGCUGUGGACAACGGAAGCCCCCCAUGUUCAUCAGCUGCCAAGGUGACCAUCAAUGUCAUUGAUGUCAACGAUAACCCCCCCAUCGUCAUCUACCCGCCAUCAAACACCUCUUUCAAGCUAGUGCCACUGUCUGCGAUUCCAGGAUCGGUUGUGGCCGAGGUGUUUGCAGUAGAUGGCGAUACGGGUAUGAAUGCAGAACUCAAGUAUACUAUUGUGAGUGGUAACGGAAGAAGUCUUUUCAGAAUUGACCCUGUAACGGGAAACAUUACGUUAGAGGAGAAACCCACGGUUGCAGACAUUGGCCUCCAUAGGCUAGUGGUCAACAUCAGUGACCUCGGCUAUCCAAAGUCCCUGCACACUCUUGUCCUUGUUUUCCUGUAUGUAAAUGACACGGUUGGAAAUUCCUCAUACAUACAUGACCUCAUCCGUCGGACAAUGGAAACGCCACUGGAUAGGAACAUCGGCGAGAGCAGUGAGACUUAUCAGAACGUUGACAACCUCAAAACCAUAAUUGCCAUCGUGACAGGCGCUAUGGUAGUGAUCGUGGUCAUCUUCAUAACAGUUCUGGUGCGCUGCCGACAUGCCUCACAGUUCAAGGCGGCCCAGAGAAAGAAGCAGGGUGCAGAGUGGAUGUCCCCCAACCAGGAGAACAAGCAAAACAAGAAGAAGAAGCGCAAAAAGAGGAAGUCGCCAAAGAGCUCCCUCUUGAACUUUGUAACCAUCGAGGAGAACAAACCCGACGACUCUGCCCACGAACCCAUAAACGGAACCAUCAGUCUCCCGGCUGAGCUCGAGGAGCCCGGGAUUGGACGCUUUGAUCGGAAUGCCACCCCUUCUACCACCUUCAAACCUGGAACGCUUACCCGUGCCCGCACCGAACUGAACCCCGACUAUCUGGACCUUCGCUCCCGAGCCGAGCUGAACCCAGAGUACUGGACGCCCUGCACUCCUCUAUCACAGCGGCGCGUCACGUUUCACCUGCCGGACGGGUCUCAGGAAAGCUGCAGUGACAGUGGGCUGGGGGACCAUGAGCCUGUGGGCAGUGGGCCGCUCAUCUCACACCCUCUCCCUCUGGUGCAGGCGCAGGACGAGUUCUAUGAGCAGGCCUCUCCGGACAAGAGGACCGAAGCGGACGGCAACUCGGACCCCAACUCCGAUGGACCUCUAGGACCAAGAGGCUUAGUGGAGGCCACAGAGAUGUGCACCCAAGAGUGUCUGGUGUUGGGCCACUCCGACAACUGUUGGAUGCCGCCGAGCCUGAGCUCGUACCCCUCGCCCAAGUCCCCCGUUUCCUCAUUCAACAACCAAAAGGAGUGGGCUAAAGAGAGACUGCUGAACGGCCACACCCUGACCCGCAGCUGGAAGGGUGAACGAGGAAGCCAGGAGCAGUUUGGAGACAGGAAGACCUUUGGGAGCUCAGAGGGACAUUUUGGCAGCGGCGGCGGUCACAUGGCCGACAUCCCAUUGGCCAGCCUGAAAUCUUACCAGCCCGCCUCCGGCCCCAACAGUCCUAAAGAACAGCAGCUUUAAGAGUGUUUUUUGUGUCUGGAUCAUCCCAGCAACUUUUGAGAGCUUUAGUCCAUUCCUUUUUUUCCCCCUCUUUUUCUUAGCUCGAUGCUAAUGCGCUGUGAUAGUUACGUGUAUGGAGUAGACCUUAGACUUUAUCGCUUGUGCAGGACAGUAUACUAUGCGAAUCCGACUCGCCGACGGCCCGUCUGCGGAGAUCUUCUCGUGCAAAUCCAUAGCUGCCCUUAAACUCCCAUGGUUUGCUGCAAAUUCACAUUAAAAGGAAUCAUUGUAUACUUCGUCUUGAACAAAGACUGCAAACAAACGUUCAAGAUGAACAAAACAGGGCUGUGCUCUAUGUAUCACGGUUAUAAAAAAACAAACA